AUGGUUUUUAACAGGUAAGGCCAAUUUUUAGAGGAUUUUGUUAAUUUUAUAGAAUCAUUCGUUCAUUAUGCACUUUAUCUAAAAAAUGUGUAUCCUGAAACAUUUUUUCAAGUGAGAACUGUGUUUGGUCUUUAAAUUAAGGUAGUAAAGGAAGGCAUAUUAUAUGACUAUAUACACUAACUUGUGGAAGAUACUAAGUAGCUACUAAAUUCGAUUUCUAUAAUUAGACUUAAUUUAAUAUAAAGUGAUAGUAUCAAAGAAUAUGUUGAUUUAGUAAUUGAUAAGUCUAAAAUUUUAGAGAAAAUAGAUUCCUUACCUAGCUAAUUUGAAAGAGAUUAAAUAUUUAAGAGUAUGCUGUAUAAAAUGAGUUAAAAAUUACAAAAUAAUUUUAAAUUUUAGCAAAACUAUGAAGCUAAUUCUUUUGAGCUGCAAAUAAUCACAAACGGCUAAUACGCUUAAUCUAAAGAGCAAAAAGCGAGUUUGUUUGAAAAAUGGAUUUUAGAAAAGGAAGUAAUUAAUAUAACGGAUUAAGAAAAGAGUAGUAGCGCAAGCUAAAAUAACGAAAGCGUAGUAAUGAUUGAUGAAUAAGCUUUUAUGAAAAGCUUGAAUGAAAAAAGUAAUAGAAAAUUGAAUCAGGAUAGUUAAUAAUUCUAAAUCGGUUAAUUAGAAAAUUUUUAAUAAAAUUAAGAAGGAAAACGCCUAAUUGAUAUCGGACACUUUACUGAACUAUCAUUGAUUAUAGUUGAUUAUGGAAAUUGA